CUUUAAUUUGAAUGUACGGUUGACUCGAGCUUCCCUCUAGAUAUUCCGGCUUCCUAUAUAAUAUGGUCCUUCGAAGUUUAAACAAAAAUAAAAGAAAGGAGCAAAAGCCAAUUUUACUUUGUUUUUGUUUGUAAUUGUCAUUCGAACCGCCCAUUUUACAAUUUUCGUACAAAUCGUUCGCGGAUCUGGCAACGCCGCAAACUCUGACAGGCAGAAACUUAACUGCUGUCUGCUGAUAACCGCUCGUACUGCGGCAAGACUCUUGUAACCUUUUUAUUUUUAUUGAAACUGUUUUAUAUAAUUAUAAAAAAAUCACUCAUGAUUUGCUCAUGAUAAUAAUGUUUUUUCUGCGACACAAGGGUGUUUUUGUAGUGUUCGUUUGUUCUAAUUGCCUGUGAGUGUAAUAGAAAACAUCCAAACUGGCGAGCGACAGCGAUAGCAAGUCAAACAUGGCUUCUUCAGCGAGAUUUAUCCAAAGCCCCACCGCAUGGUGUCAGCGGAAGGUGAAUUUAAGACCGCAACAUCGGGGCGUACAUUUGGUCACUGAAGAAAUUCUGAGGCAGUUACCAGAAUUGAACUCAUUUGUCAUAGGGUUGUGUCAUAUUCAAAUAUUACAUACCAGCGCUAGUUUAGCUUUAAAUGAAAGUUGGGAUCCUGAUGUUAGGGAUGAUAUGGAAAUGAUGCUAAAUAAAAUUGUUCCUGAAGGGUUACCAUAUAGACAUUCUUGUGAAGGUCCUGAUGAUAUGCCGGCUCACGUAAAAGCAUGCUUUCUGGGUUCCAAUCUAACGAUUCCUAUAACGGAGGGUAAAUUGAACUUGGGCACAUGGCAGGGUAUCUGGCUGUGCGAGCAUCGCGACCACGCGGGUUCUCGGAAAUUGAUGGUCACUCUCAACGGUUGCCUUCGAGAUAACGCCUGCACGCCCCUGUCCCCCGUCAGCCCGAUGGCCAGCACCAGCAGUUAGGGAAAGCACUCGGGGCAUUCACUAUCCAAGCACUGAUUGUCCCGAGUUAUCCAUUUUAAAUAUCUAUCAUUCACUCUACAGGUGAAAAACUAUACAGACUUAAAAAAAAUAAAACAUUACGACAAUAUGUACAUAGUUGUACAUUGUAAUAUACUGUUUUCAUUUUAUAUAGAUAAGUGGGGUUGAUAAUUAUUUUUCGCGUGAAACAUUGUUUCGAUUCCAUGACGCAGAACGCAGUGCGAAAAGAUUGUUAUCUAAGAAGGCGAUUCUUAAAAUUACUAUUAGUUAAUUAUUACUAUAAAGAUUUCAAAAUAAAGCCGAGCUAAUUAGUAAGUAUGUACAAUUUACUUAUAUUAUAAGGAAGCCAAAAGUAAUUGCUAUAGUUUCCUCUCUGCAUUUUACUCCAGUCGAUAGUUUCGGUAAAAACACUCUUGGGGCGAUUUUUUUCAAUAAAUAGUGUUGAUUUGAGGCAAGAAAUAACAUGCCACUCUUUAAAAUAAGCAAAAUAGUUAUCAAAAUAUGUUAGGUAUAUUAGUUCCAAUGACAAAUGACAGUUUU